UUUGUCAGACUCGCGAUCCGAGGGAGAGAAGCGAGCCGCCAUUUUCAGAGCUCGUCGCUUCCCCCUCGAACGACAACAAUAAAAAACGGACAAAACCGGCGCUUUCUCUGCCGAAAUCGAGCACGAAGACAUUUCGGAGAAGGAGAGAAGGGAUUGCGCUUAAAGAAAUACCAGAAAAGGGAUACAUUUCACUGCUUUUUCGCGUCUUUUGUUGGGGGCGAUUGACAAACAGCCGACUGGGCUCCUAUAGCUCGACUGUCCCCGUUUCUUUCGCCCAUUUCGUGAUUCCUAAACGCAACCCGGAGGAGUGGGAGGAGGAAACGGAGGGGGGUCUACCGAACACCGGAUCGCGCGAGAGGCCGGAGAUUUUUCCACCUGAACGUGCAACAGCGGAAUCCGCAUCUGGAUAAUUGCUCCUACCUGUCAGUUAUUACUACUAUAUUUCUUAAGCGUGGAGAUUUAUUACGUAAAUAUCCCCCGGAAUCGGCUCCUCAUCACGUGGCUGCCCCCUGGCACAGUGGUAGGUGGGUGGUGUGGAGCUGGCCUCAGCACCGGGAGAGGCCCCCUCGCCCGCCCCCUCCCAACGCUGCAUGGCUGCAAUGGCGCCCGCUCUGACCGACGCUCCGGCCGAAGCUCACCGCAUACGCUUCAAACUGGCUCCGUCCUCUUCAACCCUCUCAUCGAGUGGCGUGGAGGGAAGCGGUACCGGCAACCACAUCCUCGUGUCCAGUAACGGCGCUGUCAAGCGCAAGGCCUCGGAGGAACGCCCCUCUCGCGGGGCUGGCCCCUGCAAGCCCAUCGUUACCUCAUAUCACUGUUCAGAUGUGUCCUCUGCAAAAGAGUCUUUGAAGCUGCAAGGUGUUCUACUGCAGAAGCACAACAUCCUGCCGGGUCUUAUACCACGCAAGCACCAGGUUAUAGAGCUCCCAGACGAGCAGCCAAAGGCCAUCAUGAGUGCCAGUGGAGUAGGUGGACCAUGUGGGUCACCCACUGUCAACGGCAUAGCAAAGAAAGUGACUAAAACGACUGAACGAGACAAUGCGGUGACCUUAAAUGGAGGCCAGUAUACCGUUGAGCAGGAUUUGUCAAACCAGACUGAAGUUGUCAAUUCUACCAUGGGACUGACAAGCAACGGCCCUCUACGAGAAGCUGCUGAGCAGCACCAGCUGUCAACGGGUGAGUCUCUGAACUGUCCCAGUAAUACAGCACCUCCUACAACAUCUCCAAACUCCAGUGCACCUUUCACAGAAGAAAAAAAUUUGGACUGUCCAGUGUUGUGCAGUGAAGAUAUGUUGGCGCUCUCGCUCGCUACCCACCAAGACCCUUUAGGUGACCUUGGGGCGGAACUAAGUGACCGUACUCAGCACAGCCAGAGCAGACAAGGGGAGAUUGAGGUGCGGCUAUGGCGAUUACGCAAACGGCUUCAAGUGGUCCAGGCCAAGCAGGUGGAGCGGCAUGUGCAACAACAGUUGGGUGGACUACUCAAAAGCACACUGGGUGCUCUGGAUGCCAGACGGGCGAGGGGCCAUCACAGCGAUCACUCUCUCACCCCUCAGGAGAGUGGAGAACUAAGACGUUUCCUGAAGAGUGGAUCUAUGCCGGCUGAGUUAGAGCAACUUUCCCUGAGCUGCACCACCAACCUACGAUCUGCCGAAUACUCGUUUGAUUCUGAUGCCACAGAAAGCAGCUCAGGAGGAGAAACUGAUGUGGAGGAAGAUGAACUAGCUCGGGUCAUCAUUGAGCAGCGCCACAUUCCUCUAUGUAGGAGAGCAGAAGGCCGUUAUGCCGUUGACCGAGCUGCCAUCAUCAGUCACUGGAACUGGCUACAGGCCCAAGUCUCGGAUCUGGAGUACCGUAUACGCCAACAGACGGACAUUUACAGACAGAUCCGCUCCAGCAAGGGCUCUGUUGUACUUGGGGAGAGCUCGGUGUGUGAGUCAGUAUCAGAAGACAGCAGUGACUCAAGGACAGAGACCUUUACCUGCCCUGUCCCAGGGGAGCAUGAUACUGCUGGAGUGGAAACGUCUGUAUCAUCCAAUGAUAUCGUCCCAGAAACCAGCUUGAGGAAAAGCUGUGGACCUGUGAGACAAGUCAAUGGCGUUAUCAACAGUUUACGGGCUAGUUCCCCCGUCACCUGGGACCCAGACCAGCAGAUCCGCUCUGAGUCUCAGCAGAAGCUGGAGAUGGGUCCUCAGGCUUCUCCUGCACCAGACAGCACAUGUGUGGCAGCCCGCACGCGUCCACUGCUGUCGUGCAGGAAACGCAGAGUCCUCCGGCCCGGCUCACUCACCAGUCUCAAUCGUAAGGCUCUGAGGUCAGUGACUCCUCGCUGUGGCUGUGAGCUGAACGCUCAGUGUGUGAUGUGCAGUGGACGUGCUCUCCCUCCUGCAGACACCCAGCACCAGCUCCCCCUACUGGACCGACUGGCACAGUUUGACCCCUGCGUUCACCCCAUCCUCUCCUUUACAGACGAUGUGAUGAUGAAUCUCCAUAUGCAGCGUGUGCUGAAGGGAAACUGGCAGAAUCGUCCUCUUGAGAAGAUCAGGCCCAUCAAGAAGAUCUGUUUGGGUAGCCGCGUCUCAGACCUGUCAUCCAAAGACAAACAUAAGCUCGCCAACUCUCUCCUCUCCACAGUCCGUUUGUCGCAUCAUAAGGUGCGCUCAGAGAAGGUCUCUCAGCAGCAGUUAGACAUCCCAAUCAGUGCCAGUAAACAUGAGUCUCGCCAGCAUUUCCGCCAGAGCAGUUCUUUUGACAGGAGUCACGGCCGCAAGAGACCUCGUGAACCCUCGCUGGACUGUACAGAGAAUGCUCCAAAGUUGAAUAUGGACAUGGGGAGUCCAUGCCCAUCUCUGUCCGCUCUAAACACGCCCACCCACAGCCCCCUGAUGAGACGGCCAUCAAUCUCCGAGACCUCCACACUCCUUCACCUCAACAGCAGUGCUGCCACUAUUCGCCGACGGAGAGGAGAGAGCCCCUUUGACAUCAAUAACAUCGUCAUCCCCAUGUCUGUGGCCGCCACCACCCGAGUGGAGAAACUACAGUAUAAAGAGAUUCUUACCCCAAGUUGGCGAGAAGUGGACAUUUUUGCAAAACCAAUAUCUGAAGAGGAUGAUGCAGUGGAGAUUGAGGAUCUCUCUGAUGUCACAUUCUCUCAGCUUCACUUUCCGUAUGAAGGGCAGGAGCGAUCUCGUUGGAGUGCCAGCAGCAUCGCAAAGAGAAGGGGCAGCAGGUCAUACAAGUCUGAGGAUGGACGGACCACCCCCUUGCUGUGUGGCACAAACCCCUCCACGCCGCAGCCCACGUCUCCAGACACGGCACAUUUCCACUUGCUGCAUGAGUACAACUCGGUGGCAUCUCCAUCCAGCCCGGUCAGUCCAGAGAUGCUGAUGCUGUCCGGCCUUCACACGCCCGGCUCAAGAGACUCCCAACGGCUGCUGUCCAACGAGGACACGCGCUGCUCCACCCCAGAUACCUAUGAGGAAAUGCCGGUACAGCCAUGGGAAUGCCGGACAUUUCCGCUGGAUGUGGAUCCACAGCAGGAGAGCGAAAUCCAUCAUAGUCCAGCUGGCGAGGGACCCUGUAGGACCAUUCGACGGGUGUCCGGGUGCAGGUCGUCCAAGUCGGAGUCUGACACUGGGCCUUCAUCACCUCUCGGCGAUGACGGCACCAAGCCCAAACCUACUCACCAAUGAAGCCUAGACUGCCCACCCACCAGCUUUCAGAAACUCCUGAAACAGCAGCAACAUAGAUGAAAAAUAAAUAAAUAAAAAAUGAAUGAAAGUC